AUGAACGACACAGAAGGGUUUCUCUCUACCACACCGUUUGACUACAUCUACGACACUGGACCACCAGCGACGGCCUGUGUAAAAACAAGUGUCCUUGAUUUCUCAAGAGAGUUCCUGCCGCCGUUCUACUUCAUCAUCUUCACCCUGAGCCUUCUGGGUAAUGGCCUGGUGCUGUUUGUGGUCGUCAAGUUUGAGCGGGUCCGCACUGUCACUAACAUCUUCCUGGUAAAACUGGUGGGUUCCAACCUUGUAUUCACCUGUGUGCUUCCCUUCUGGGCUGCUUACCACAGCGACGAGUGGACUUUCGGUACCCCCCUCUGCAAGCUGGUGGGCACGGCAACCUACGUGGGGUUCCACAGCUCUGUUCUCUUCCUGACUCUGGUGACCAUCGACCGUUUUCUGGCUGUGGUCCACGCCGUGGCCGUCAGUCAACACCGCAAGAGCUGCUACGCUGUGGUGGCUUCAGGUGUGGUGUGGCUCACCUGUGGACUUGCAGGCGUGCGCCCACUGCUUCAUUACAGGGUGAAUUAUCAUACUGACAAUGGCUUGCAGUGCAAGGAUGAACUGCAUUUCUCCUGGAAGCCAUUCGACAUAUACGUGCACUUUGUGGCCUUCUUCUUGAUCCCUUUGCUGAUAGUGGGAUACUGCUACGUGCGGAUCAUCAUAAGAGUAGCGUCCACAAAGAUCAGUGGCAAACACCGCACCCUGCGCAUCGUUUUUGUCAUACUUCUCCUCUUCUUCGCCUGCUGGACGCCGCGUAGCAUCAUGCAGUUGGUGGCGCUACAUACACGAUAUGACUGCAACGAUGCCGUGGACUACGCUAACUACGUCACCAACAACAUAGCCAACCUAUUCUUCAGCAUCAACCCUGUCUUCUACACUUUCCUCGGACGCAAGUUCCAGAACUAUGUCCGUGAGCUCAUAGGCGCCUAUGUUCCGUGCUUGAAGAGCCACCUGUCUGUGGCGGUCACGAGUAAGUCGCAGUCUCAUCGCAGUCAUCACAGCUCAGAUAAUCAAGGAGACACUGCUGGUACAGCUUUGACCACUAGAACUACCUCUGUAAAUGUGUAA